AUGGCCAAGAACGCCGACACGCCCGCACGCGGCUCGCUCUGGCCGACCGCAAAGCGCUUUUUGCCGCUGGCCAUUGUCGUGGCCGGGCUGGGCUUUGCCUACCUGAUGGGUUGGCAGCGCUUCUUCACCCUCGAUUUCCUCGCCGAAAGCCGCGAGAGCCUGACAAGCUUCGUUGCGUCCAACUACUGGCUGUCGACGAUCGGCUUCACCGCGCUCUACGCAAUCGCCGUCGCCUUUUCGUUUCCCGCCGCAUCGAUCCUGACGAUCUUUUCGGGCUUCCUGUUCGGAUGGCUGACCGGGUCGGUGAUCGUCGCGAUCGGAGCGACGACCGGCGCGAGCGCGAUCUUCCUCGCCGCCAGAUCGGCGUUCGGCGACGGACUGCGCAGCAGGGUCGGCGGACGGGUCAAAAACCUCGCCGACGGAUUCGAAAAGGAUGCGUUCAGCUAUCUUCUGGUGCUGCGGAUCGCGCCGGUCUUUCCGUUCUUCAUCAUGAAUAUCGCACCGGCGCUCUUCAACGUGCCGCUGCGCACCUAUGUGAUCGCCACGUUUCUGGGCAUCCUGCCCGGUGUCAUCGCCUACAGCUAUCUGGGCCAGGGCAUCGGCUCGGUCCUGGACGCGGCUGAGGCGGCAGGAACAAGCGCCUCUGUCGGCGAUCUGAUCACCACCGAAAUCACGCUGGCCUUUGCGGCGCUCGCCAUCGUUGCGGCCAUUCCGGUCGUCAUCAAGAAAUGGCGAAGCCGCAAGACGCCGUCCGGCGCAUAA